UGGCACCUAGCUUAGGCGUGUUAUAUCUUGUAAUUAAAUCGUUUUCGCGUAAGCGCGAUCACGUGCUCUCACGGGUUGCUUGGAAUUUCAAACUAGUUCUGUGUGAAGAAUCUCUAAGAUGCUGCUACGAGUCCUCAGUUUCUACGCGACAAGGAGCAAAGCCCGCCAACCAAUGAAAAGCCGAGAAAUGCAGAGCCAGAUUAAGGAGGCACAGCUAAGGGCUAACGGAUAGAGGAAAGAAAAAAAGGCUGAAUUAAUAUUGUCCUUCCAAGGAUGCCGUAGGACCUGUCUCGCAGCUGCUACUUUGUUUUCGGGGCGGAGUCGGCAGGAAAUUUAAACCGUUGCAGCGGCCGAAGAUGCCUAGAGAAUGAUGCUGUAGUUGCACAGGGAUAACUAGGACUCGGGAAUCUGAGAGAAUUUAUGGAGCUCAGAAAUGUAAUACGGAGGUCUUGAGGAAGGAGUACGGAGGCCGAGAAGGAGCCUGGACUAUGACGAGUGAGCCAAGAAAGGGAGACGAUUACCUUGAACUGGAGGGUUCCACAGCUGAGAGUAGGCUCCGGGCUCCGGACGUAGAAAAGGAGUCCUUCAGUCCUCUGCCUGGGGCUCGGCUAAGAGUUUCCCAUUGUCUGGAAAAAUGCCACAAGAGCUCAUGGGAUGCUGGGAGGCAGCCCUUUUCUGGAAAGUCCUUUUACUUGGAUCUGCCUGCUGGCAGAAAUCUCCAGUUUUUGCCUGGGGCCAUUCAGCAGCUGGGUGGGGUUAUUGAGGGUUUCCUGAGCAAAGAAGUAAGUUACAUUGUGUCCAGCCGCAGAGAAGCAAAGGCAGAGGAUGGUGGGACAAGCCAGGGAGGCUGCCCCAGCCCCAGCAAGAUCAGAGUGGAAACAUCUACCAUGGUUGAUCCAAAAGGCAGCCACAUGAGGCCUUCACAGAAACAUGUAGACUCGCUGCCAAUCAGCAGAAGGAAGGCCAUCAGGAACCAGGGGAGCAGCAGUGGAGAAAGCAGUGGGAGCAGCAGCCUCCUGACCAACGCCUGCUCCUGGAGAGUGAGGAUUCUGCAUGUGGACGAUACUCCUUCUAUCUUCUCCAUAGAAAUGCCGAUGCACGUGCAGCCGCUAUCUCUUGGUCCUUUAUGUGUGAAGAAACAAAGACCCAAAGAGUUUGAGGGAACACGUCCAGCAGCAGAGUCAAGAACGCAGAAAGUGGCCAGACUAAAGGCACCAUUCCUCAAAAUUGAAGAUGAGAGCAGGAAGUUUCGUCCUUUCCAUCAUCAGUUUAAAUCCUUUCCUGAAAUUUCUUUUCUGGGACCCAAAGAUGUAAGUCCCUUCGAGGACCCAGGCAGCUCGCAUCACAUCAGAGAACCUAAGGACCAAGAGCCAAGCCUGCAAUCAGCUACCCGCACCAGGCCCAGGAGGAAGAAGGGGUACUGCGAGUGUUGCCAAGAGGCCUUUGAGGAGCUCCAUCAUCUUCAGAGCACCCAGCACCAGGGUUUUGCCCUCAAAGCCCAUCCAUAUGCAGAAGUUGACCGGAUCAUCGCCCAGCUCAGCCACAGCCUUGCAGACAUCCCCUUCCAGUCCAGCCUCCCCAGGUGGUCAGAUUCCCCAGCUUUUGAUUAUGAUCUUUGUCCUGAGACUGUGCCCCCCAGCCAGCCCUCCCAUCCCAAGGCAGCAUCUCCCAGGAUGAAGAAAGAAGAUAACUGCCAGGCUCCAGGCACCCCAGAGCAGGAUGGGACAGUGGGCAGCAUGAAGACACCAGCUGAACCUGCAGCUACUGGCGAGGUGCCCAGAUAAGCAGCAAGCUGCCAGGAGCUGGGAGGAUCAGUUACUGUGUUCAUAGACCCCCCAAGGAUACCAGGGCGUGGGAGCCCUGUUUGCCAGCACCUCUCAACCAGCUCCAGUUUUACAGACUUCUCUUCUGGCCCAGACAUGGCACUUGUUGGCCACAAGCGAAAGGUUGAGUUCCCCAGUGGCAAUGCUGAGAAGAGACCAGGGGCCUCCUGGCCACAGGCCUCAUUUUUUGUCCCAAGAGCCCCCAGUGCCUGCACCAUCAGGACAACCAGUGAUGGGCAUCUUCUGUCUCUUUCCCUUCCAAGCCAUGAGUCCAGGCCCCUGGCUUCCUUCCUACCUUUGUGCCACCUACCAACUGGCCUCUCCCUCCCAGACUCUUUCCCCUGGCAGCCCACAGACAGACCAGCAGAGUUCUGGGCCACACAGUCCCCCUGGCCCUAUAUCUUAGCAGGCUGGCUGGCUCUACAGCUGCCCCACCCCACAGCCCGAGGCCAGCCAUCAGCCCACUUGCACUCAGCUGCUAGUGUACAACUCCCAGUGGGCAUGUCUGCCUCUCCUGCCCUCUGCCAGCCAGUAAGGGGAGCCUGCUGCUCCCAGUGGCUCUGGGUCCCCCAACCUCUCCAAGUGCCCUGCCUCCCUGUCUCAGCCCCAGUCCCAGCCCCAGCUCUGUACUGGCAGAGAGCUGUUCCUGUGAGUCCCCAAGGUACUCAGCUCUUCAUGGGGCUGGACAGCUCCAGACUGAAGGGCCAGAAAAACAAGUCAUACCCUGCUCAAUGUGCACAUGUGGCCAGGGCAGACCAGGACUCAAGGAGGAGUAGAGCCUCAGGGCUUCCCCCAAACAAACCAGAAGGAGGCCUGGGCCAGGCCUGUGAGGUCCAAGUGAGCAGCUGUCAUGCUAAGCUCUGUGGAGUACUUGGAGCCAGUUCUCCUGCCAACAGGUCUGUGGGCAGGGCCAGGAAAGUCUGGUCUGGGGGCUCCCCUGUCUUCCCACUACCUCUAGCCAUGUUCCCACCCAGGCAGCAGUCUACAAAGGGCCUGUCCAGCUAUGGCCAGCUGCCCACACCAGAAGGCAGAGGUUUGCCUCUGCCUCGAGCAGCUAGAGCACCAGGAGUCCUGGCCCAGCUUCCUAGCCUCAGGCAGGCACUUGCCUCUGUAGAGCGGAGGGCUAGUUGCUGGUACUCCCCACCCCCAGCCUCCUUCCCCACAAGCAUGUGGUCUCCUGCUUUCCCAAAUGCCUGUAUUUGUAUCCCUUCCCCCAGCCCCCCACGCUCCUGCGUGCAGAUCCUCAGGAACAUAUGAAGCAGAGGAGGGGCUCCGGCUGCAGCACUUACAGAGCUCCCUCCCCCAUGCACUUAGUUGGGGCCCAGCUCUGACCUUCCACCUGAGCCCAGGAUGUGGCCAGAGACUCCUCUAGGGACCCCUCUUGGCUCUUUUCUGCUUCCUCAGCUUGAGCUGCCCACCGGAGUUUGCUAUUCCAGGGCCAGUACCUCACCUGCCAACUUCCACAUCACCCUCUCCCCUCUCUCCUUCCUUCUUUUCUUCCCCAAGGACCUCCCCCCAUUUCUUGCAGCGAAGCCAUUAAUCUAAAGACAGAAAUGGGUUUGCUAUCGAUUCUUUGGCCACUUUUUUUUUUUUUAUUACAAUUUGUUCUGUGGUUCUUCUCACCCUUCUCUGCCUCUGUGUUUGUCUCUUUAAAUGUCGAAGCUACUGGAAGCCUGGUGCUGUCCUGCAUCUCCUUUCAGAGGAAGGAAGGGGGUCCUAGUUGUGGGUGAGGACCCAAGUUGUUAGUUUGGAAAUAGAGGGACUGUGUGUACAUGUCUCCUAAGAAGUCAGUCAUGUUUGGCCUUUUUAUCCCAUUUCUGUUAGGUUUUACAAUUAAUCUUGUUCAAGAAAUGUAAAUAAAUGUGUUAAUAACAAAUACCAGAGAUGAGGCUGGGGUACAUUGUGUUGGCCCUUGAGCUGCCCUCCAGUGACCCAAAGCAGGCACAAGGGCCCAGCAGUUAAAGACAGAAUAACUGCAUAGGAGGAAGGGAUAUGUGAAUGCCACUAGCCUCCUGCUGGCCUUACCUGAGGGGAAGGGGGUGACAUCUGUCCCUGCCUAGCUUCCCCUUCCCAGUCUUGUCUGGUCACUCAUUCAGCUCUGCUGCCUAUUGAAUGGUCAACUGCAGAGGGUCACCACACCCAAGAAAACUCCUCUGCCCAGCAGGCA